UCCCCCCUCCUCCUCCCUUCCCCUCCCCCGCUCGCUCGCCCGACCGCCCCGGCCUGGCCAUUGUGCGCGGGGCAGGAGGCACCGCGGCAUUUCGGGGGUCCUCACGAACGGCGCCCCCCCCCCCCCCUCUUCCUUAGACUACCCCCGCACCACCACUACCAACCACCACCAACAACCCCCCCACCACCACCCCCGCGAGACACUGAAAUCGCCGAGAUCCCCCGCGCCGACAUGGCCGAAGCGCCGCCGAUCAGCGGCUUCGUGCGGCUGCCCGGGUGGGGGCCUUUCGGGGCGGCAGGCUGCGAGAAGAUUAUGGGAAUCGGGGCUGCUAAGGAGCGCGACCCCAGUCUGCAUGUCCCUAACAGGUUUUUGUAUCAAGGGAGGUGGUGCAAUGGUGCGGAGAGGCGAUGCUCGUGGCUCUUUUUCCGUCUGUGAACCCGAGCCCCCCGCUAGGAGCGGUCACCGGUGCAUCGCGGACAGCGCGAACCUCUACGUGUUCGGGGGGUACAACCCGGACUUUGACGAGUCGGGUGGGCCUGGGAACGCGGAGUAUCCCCUGUUCCGCGAGCUGUGGCGCUACCACCUGGCGACGGGCACGUGGCACCGCGUGCCCACCGACGGCUACACCCCCAAGGAGCUCGCCUCCAUGUCCGUCGUCCUGCAUGGCAGCAGCCUGCUGACGUUCGGCGGCACGGGCGUGCCGUUUGGCGAGAGCAGCGGUAACGACGUGAACGUGUGCAACCUGCGCUCGCGUUGCUGGACGCGGCUGCCGAGCCGCGGGCGCAAGCCCAGCAAGAUCUACGGGCAGGCCAUGGCCAUCAUCCACGGCGCUCUGUACGUGUUCGGCGGCACCACGGGCUACGUGUACAACACCGACCUGCACCGCCUCGACCUCGGUACGCACGAGUGGGUCAAGCUGGAGCCCUGCAACGGCCGCGACGAGAUGCCCGGCGAGAGAUACCGGCACGAGAUUGCGCAUGACGACACGAGGAUCUACGUGCUGGGGGGGGGCACCUCGUGGAUGGCCUACCCCCUCGACAAGAUCAACGCCUACAAUCUGGAAAACAACAUGUGGGAGGAGAUCAUGACCAAGCCUCAUGAUAAGAUCGGAUUCCCGGCUGCCAGGCGAUGCCACAGCUGCGUGCAGAUCGGCAAAGACGUGUUUAUCUGUGGAGGCUAUGAUGGAGAGAGAAUCUUUGGUGACCUGUGGCGGCUGAAUCUGGGGUCCUUCCAGUGGACGAAGCUGCCCGCGGAGAUGCCCGAGCCGGCGUACUUCCACUGUGCUGCCGUCACGCCGGCUGGCUGCAUGUACGUGCACGGCGGUGUGGUGAGCAUCCAGGAGAACCGGCGUACGCCGUCGCUGUACCGCGCCUGGCUCACGGCGCCCAGCCUGCUGGAGCUCUGCUGGGAGCGGCUGCUCGCCAGUGCGCCCUGCCUCGCCCACGCCUCCCCACGCCACCUGCUGCAGCUCGGACUCAGCUGGCAGCUCAUCGAUCGCCUGCGCGACACGUGAACUCGCCCGCUCGCUCGCUUGCUCGCCCACUUUGCUGGCGAGCGAGCGAGCCAGGAAAGUGGGAGGGCGGGGUGGAGGGGAUGAGAUGGGACGCACACAAACCAGUCUGCAGUGACGCGUGAACAUUCCCACUCACCCAUUUGCUCACUCACUCACUGGGUGAGGAGGCGAGGAGACGGGUGAACCAUGAGGUGAGGAGGGGAGACACGCAAUGCCAGGCUGCGUGACACAUUAAUUUGUCUAUUCGCUCGCCCGCUCAUUCACCCGCUCGCCCCGCUCACGCGUCCCCUUAACCACUCGCUGGGAUGGAGGGAGCUGGGCAGGAAGUGGGUGGGCGAGUCACAGAGUGGGGGACCCGUGAACUCGCCCACUCGCUCACCCGCCCGGUGAGCAUAUGGGGGGCGCUACCGUGGGGUGGAGGGUGGUGGUGGGGGGGGGAUAUCACCACGACGCAUGCGUGUGUUGUGUGUGCAUUAAGCCAGCUCCACACCUGAGCGAUUAGUUGCUGCAACUCGGUUGUGGCCUGGUGUGCAACGGGGAACCGCUUACGUGUGGACAUCUCUGCAACUCUGUUGCUCGCAGUAAAGACCGAAUCCAGUAUGUAGCGACGCGUUUCGCCUUGUGCCACACAUUCGCGAGCAGCGAUUGGUCGAACGGCCAUUAGGAUCCCGAUUGCCUGAAGCCGUUGAAAGUCCUCGUCGUGCAACUUCUCAUCCAGACUUGGACAAAGCGGCUUCGGAUGCUGAUCGAUCUGUGUCGUUUCCAGAGCGGUUUGGUUGCGCAGCCGAUCGCUCGGGUGUGGAACCAGCUUUACUCAAUAGUGGGGCGAGUAGUGAGCGGAGAGGAGUAAUUUGGCAGUCAAGGUGCGUUAUCGUCGUCGUUAAAGUGAUGGUUUAGAUUUUUUAAAAUUUAUUUUGCACUUUUCGGGAAGGGAGGGAGAGGGUGAAUUGUGACUACGCAUGUAGAUUUGAUUUGAAAACCAAAACAGGCGAUUGAAGAGUGGGGGGGGGGUGGUGGGCAGCCAUGGGAGAAGUGGGGGGCUGGGGGGGGUGGCAGAGACCCCCGCCACAGAGACCGCCGUGCUUCCUAACGCUUCCUGUGCUUCCCCCACACUUCCCGGACGCUCCUUCCCACUGCUCCACCGUCUCCAGCAUGCCUUUUCCACUGCACAACCGAGCCGCACCAGGGCAGGGCCAAGCUGGCCCAGCGUGCGGCUCAGGAGGCGCCAGCGUUGUUUUUCCACUGCAGGAGCCGAGAGCCCCGUGCAAAUGAUGCGGCGACACUUCUUUUGAGUUCCAGCAACCGAAGUCACGGUCCUACUUUUCCCCUAGCCAGAUUCCGAUGUCGCUCCAAGCCAUUUGUCACGUUAUGGGCGCAUCGCAUCUAAGUUGUUGUGAGCCCGUCGUCACAUGCUUUGUUUCCGGCUCGGCUCUGCAAAUAGCCGGUGGAAAACCACCGGUGCUGCGAGGGACCCUUGCUGGCUAGGCUCGGAUGUGCCAGUGGAAAAUUGGUAAGAGGAGAGCAGGAGGAAGAGGAGUAGUAGUGGAGCCUAGGAUCAGUGUCGUGUUGCAUGGUUUUGAUUUAAUUGAGCUGCGAUUAUAAUUAACAAACUCAUUAUUUAAUGGCUGUGUGAUGUGCGCGUGUACAUAUAUACAUACAGACAUAAGGUGCGUGCGUCAAUAGUACAUACCCACCCACCCACACGUGUGUGCGUGUGGCGGCAACGCGGUGAUGGCUCGGGAGCCUGAGGCCUUAGGUUCCAAUCCUUGUUGGGGAGGCUCAGGAUUGUCACCAUCGUCACCAUAUAUCAGUUAUCGGCAUCAUCGGCAGCACCAUCAUCAUUGGCGUCAUCAGUAGCAAUUGCCAUCAUAAUCCGUGGCACCAUGGGUAAGCUGGUAACCGCUUUUAUUCUCAGUCGUUUAGACAACUGCAACUGUGCGCUCGCUAGUUUGCCCAAAUCUACAAUCGCUCCCUUACAGCCAGGCUGUUUAUGGGAUUUCUCGCCUUCCAUAACCCAAGUCACACCAGCUCUUCAAGAGUUGCUCUGGGUCCCAGUGCACAUCCGGGUAGUGUAUAAACUCUUGCCUCGUUAUGCACACGGCUUAGAUAAACACAUUUCCAGCCUUUUACAAAACUCCAACACACCCAUAGAAAAUCUCAUCACGGGGCUGGUAUUGACUCUGCAGACAGCUCUGACUACAACGGCCCACGCGUACAAAACACAUUUGGGGGAGCGCGCCUUCUCGUACCCUGGGCCCCAAGGCUUGGAAUUAACUUGCCAGCAAACUACGUGUAGAUAAAACUUCAAAUGCGUUUCAGAAAGCGUUUACAAUGUUAUAUUUUCAACCUGGCUUUUAAUUCUUGAGCUCAUAAUUAGUGUGAUGCACUGCUGGUCAAUAUUGUAGUCGGCACAAUGCAAGUAACAUUCGUAUAUGGCAGCGCCAUCACCAUCUGCAGCAUCGCCAUCGGCAGCAUCUUUUCACAAUUGGUAUUAUCAUCGAGCAUCAUCAGCAACACUCUCAAUAAUAAUGACAUUUUAAGGUGCAUUUAAUCCUAACGCACCAUGUAUGAAAAGCAGGAAAUAAAUAGAACCAGGGAAAACAUCCAUAACUUGGCGGGAAUGAAGGCCAAUUUAAAGAGGCGAGUUUUCAAGACAGAUUUAAACCGCUCUAACGACUCUUGAUUCUUGAUUGUCUUAUUACCAAAGGCAAAGCGUUGCCCCACAGUCUGGGAGCUGCAAUGGCAAAAGCCUGGCUACCCCAGCAACAGAGCCUUGACCUCGCAGUCCUUAGAAGAAGGCGAUACGAAGAUCUCAGGGACUUCAUUGGGGGUGUAAAUAUGGAUAAGCUCCUGCAAAUAUUGUCGGGCUAAGCCAUUGACAAUUAUCUGGCUCAACCACCUCAAUGUAAAAUUUAAGAGUUGCUGCGCCACAUCAACAUCAGCCACGCGAAGAAGAUCAGCGUCGUCAACUCCAUCGUCGUCAUUGGCAUUCUUUCCCUACAAAAUGAUCAUCGCCACCUGCAGCUUCCGCAUCAUUUCUCCAUCGUCGUCACCGUCGUCAUCCUUGUCGCCGCCGCCGUCGCCAAAAGAGGACCAGAGGAGUACUCGGCACCGGGUGAGGCUGUCGCAGGGCUGUGCCAGGAAGUCGGCUGUUAUUGUCGCCCUCGCCGUUUUUUGUUGAUUCGCUCGGAAUUUAUCAGAAUAGACUGGGCCCUGCCAUAAUCAUGUGGAAUGAUCACUGCUGGCUCGGGACCGGCAGGGUGAGAUGAGCCAUGGCAUACAUCCAUGCGUUCUCUUGACGUGCGCCAAGAACACACCCAGCCUGUAUUAUGGCUGUUUUUGUCGUGAUGAUGGUGACCUGUACAUAGGAAUGCACGUCGCAUAGGCAUGGAGGUUUUACUGCUGCCUGAGUUCUCGCUGUUGUGCUGCUGUGUGGCUCUCUCCCAUGUGUUUUUAGGUUGUACUGCUAUGUGUUGCUUGGCAUGCUGUCUGACGUUCCGCUCCCGCGUGCCGGCAUCUUCUUUAAAAACUGCACUUAGUUCCAAUUCAAAUCGAGUUCCAAUUCGAUUCCUCCGUUGUCUAACGCUGCCUCCGAUCUAUUUCUAACACUGGCUCGUAUCGCUAACAACGACUCCUAUCUCUCACACUCUCCUAUCCCGAUCACUGCCUUCUAUCUCUAAAUCUGACUCAAAUCUCUAACCCUGUCCACUAUUUCUAACGCUGCCUCCUAUCGCUAACGCAGACUGCUGUUACGGUUGUGCUGUGUAGCGCUCUUGACGUGCGUUCGGGUCGUACCGCGUGUCGUCCUUCACGAUGUCCGACGUUUUGCUCAAUGCGCUCGGAGCUUCCUAAGUUUCUACGGAAGCUCCCAAACGCCUCGAGCGAAACAUCGGACAUUGCGACGGACACCACGGUGCGACCCGAGCGCAACGUUGGAGUGCUGGGCCCCGCGGGCUUUGUGGAAAUCAAUGCGAGAGUCGACGUUCGACCCGUCGAGCUGUGGACAAUCUUCCACGUCCGUGGUUCCUCGUGGCGUUUGGUGGUGGAGGCAACUAUCUGGGUCUCCUCGUUGAGCUGUGGCCUCACAAAAACCAAUGCGGUGCAGACGUCAGAAAAUCCCGGACUGAGUUUCGACUUUGCUGACACUCAACAACCAGGUGUAGCCUCAUUAUAAUAAGUUUGUAUUUAACCAGAAUCAGUCGCACGCCCAGGUACAAACAUUGAGAGGAUGCAUUAUUUUGGGAAACUGAAAUUGGCUGCUUGUAAAUGGCACGUUCACUCUGUAAAUGAUACGAGAAAUGCAAUCCAGAGGUCGCUGGUUCAAUCUCCUGGCGUGGCAGUUGAAAUAAUGGAGCGGGUUUUUUUUAAUCCACCAACACCGCUGCUGUCCACCCAUCACCGUUAAUGGGGUCACCGCAGUCGAUCGGUAGGCCACGUUUAGUGGGGUAAAGUGUGACCAUCGUGGAGGAGUAGGCCAAACACUCUUUAGAGCGCCAUCCACCAGCAGUAGCGAGAGCCAGCCAAUGCAGGGCUGCACCUUCACCCAUCUGUAAAAUAAAAUAUACAUCUGAUCAGGAUACAAACCCUUGAGAUUCACAUCUCAUUGUGAAAACGUGCGCCAUCGGCCCUAAUGCUUGGCAGGAGCUAAGUCUGGUUUGUGUCUCGGCGUGUCUGUGUGUGUUGCUUCUGUUGGGUGCAGUGGUGCAGCAGUUGGCGCACUGCACCACAAACUCCGUGUCCUCUACUCGAUUCCUCGCCACGGCCGUCAUCGUCGGUGCCGAAUACCUGAACCGGGUCCUUGGCCUCGCUUAGUUUGAGUCUGUCAAUUAAUUCCGAACGACUGAAUUUAUCACUGCGCCCCACCACUCCCCACGAACCUUAAGCGGCCGGUGGUACCUGGUGCGAUGUGUAAUAACAUCAGCAUUCGGGAGACCAAGUCGGCUGGGCGUGGUGCCCGCCAGACCACCACCACCUCGUGCGCAGUGCCGCCCUUCACAGUUGCGCUCUAACAGCACUUUCUCCAACGCUCCGUGUUGGGCUACACGGUGGGGGGGGGGGUCUCUAGAGAAUUGUUUUUAUUGAUCACGUGCAUUGUACAGACUUAACCCCCCCCCCCUUUUAAAAUGGCAGAAUUGCAUUGCCGAUUCGCCUUCUGGGUCUCAUCAGCAGCGUCCGACUUGUUAAACAGUCGCGUAAAGAAGGCUCGGGAGGCUCUGGACACGUGGCGAGAAUGAAUGAAGGCAGGCGGAUCCUGGACCCGGGAGAUUUGACGAAAAUGUGGAAAUUAUACAGGAGGGGGAAGACGGAACUGGAUACCAGGGCUAUAUAAUCUAGAGGAAGGAGAUCAAGCCUGAACAGAGUGGUGUUGCAGGCCCCAUUGUCGCAAUGGAGCUGAUGGCAGGAACAUGUUGGAGAGAGACCCAUAAACUUAAGAGACCCCAUUGAUUCACAGACAAUAGAUUACCUUAGAGACUGAUAGCUAGUCGCACAGAGCAAUAGAUUCAUAGAGACCAAACCUUAGACCAAUACUCGCGUAGAGGUCAAUAUAUACACUCAUAGAUUCGCAGAGAGACAAAUAAGAUGUCCUUUGUGACCGAUACAUUCACAUAGCAAUAGAUUCACAACGACAUCCAUAAGGAGUAGGGUAAGACAGAAAAGCAGGUAACAGAUGCAGCCGUAAGAGAUGGCUUAAGAAUUGAGACCACAUGAAGCAGUCAUCGGAGAGCGACAUUUGGCCCAAUCGUUGCUAAUUACGGUCAACCUUUAUUGACCCAGGAGAGCCUCGUCGAGACUUUAGAUUGUUUUCAGGAGGGUCCUGCUAAGUUGUGCGGUGGGUGCAAUGAUAUAUCUUCCCAAUUGAGGAAAAUUUACGGAAUUUUAAAAUGUUUGUCAAUUGCGUGGACCGUAACGCCUGCACGCAUGGCCUACUGCUAAUUUUUUACGAGUCGCAGAAUCAUUAACGUUCACUGGGAAGCAAACGGCACGGAGUAUUUUUGGUUGAUUUGCCGCAGUAUUAACCAGGGCGGCCGCAGUACUCGAACCGCAAAUCUCUGCUCGGUCGUGUCACACCGCCCUUUUACGAUCAUCGUCGUCCACGCUCAAUCCACUGCUAGUUUGCGUGACUCAUGAAUUAAACAAUUGCCCAAGAAUUAGCUUUGUUGGGUUAAAACACGUGGCAACAUCGCCCCUUCCUGGCACACUACCCGUCUGUGAAACAAUGCAUCUCCGUGACGGCUUUGCGCCGUAGGAAUGGCCGAAAUUCCAAACCUGAGUACGUAACAAGGCCAUGCCGAGGUGGUCUAUUCCAUUGCCUUGAAAGCUGUACACACUACGCUUGGGCCCGCAUUCUUAGUCACGGCUCUGGCUCAAGUGGUUUAAGCUGCGCUCACUGUUUACAUGAACUCAGCCGAGCCACGGAUGAGCCCGCUUCCUGCAUCUUUUGAAGCAGCUGAGCGGCUCAAGGCUGAGCCGAGCUUGUGACUCGGAAUGCGGCGCUGAGACAGCGCAUGCUGGGGUGGUGGUGCUGCUGAUGAUGACAAUGGUGGUCAUGGUGAUGACGAUUUUCUGAUCGUUAUUUUUAUUGUUGCUGCGUGUGGGUUCUUGUUUACAAAUGUGUGCAAUGGUCAUAACCGAUGGCCUUGCCCUGGUCCUGGUAUCCAACUCGGCCACCGUGGCUCCCAGGACCUCCUCUGCCUUCCUCCUCCCCGCGCACUCGCGUCGCGGAGAACGAUGUAAAUGCACGCCACUGUGUUUUUUUUUCUCUCCUGAAAUGAAAAAAAGAGUUUUACGUAA